CCUUUCCGAUACGCCAUGCACGCCUCCGUCGGGGGCCAGCGGCCGCCGCAGCAUCAGCAGCAGGCGGCCACUUCCACCUCCUCCUCCACCGCGUCGUCGUCGUCGUCGUCGUCGUCGUCUCACAGCAAGUCCCUGGCUUUCUCCAUCGAGCGGAUCAUGGCCCGGACGCCCGAACCCAAGGCCGUCCCGCCCCAGCCGCCCGGCUACUGGGCCCCGGCGCACGACGUCUGCCCGUCGUCGCUCCACUGCGUGAUCCCGCUGCUUCCGCUCGGGUACGCCGCCGAACACCGCCGGCUCCCCCCGGACUCCCCGGAGGGCCCGAACCCGACGGCGGCGGCCGCCGACCUGCUCGGGUUCGGACUCAACUACGCGUGCGGCCGCCGGGACGAGUCCGCCCGGAACCAGCCGGACGGCGGCCGCUACAAACUAUUCCGGCCCCGCGUGGUGACCCAGUCGUCCUUCCCGUCGCGAGGUACCGUUUGCUACCUGGGCGGCGGGGCCGGUUCCGGGGAGGCUUCGGCUCCUGCGGGGCUCCUCAACCUGCACCCGAUGGCGUCCUACCUGCUAGCCGGCGGCGGGCACCGGGCGGCCCCGCUGCCCGACCACCUCCGCGACCUCCUCAAGGACCGGGACUUGUUCGGAGACAAGAGUCUCAAGACCUCGGCCGAGGCGGCGGCGGCGAGGCUCGGAGGCACCAAGGCCAAAGUCUUCACCUGCGAGGUCUGCGGAAAAGUGUUCAACGCGCACUACAACCUGACCCGUCACAUGCCCGUGCACACGGGGGCGCGCCCGUUUGUCUGCAAAGUCUGCGGCAAAGGAUUCAGGCAGGCCAGCACGCUGUGCAGGCACAAGAUCAUCCAUACUCAGGAAAAGCCCCACAAGUGCGCGCAGUGCGGCAAGGCCUUCAACCGCAGCUCCACGCUCAACACGCACACGCGCAUCCACGCCGGCUACAAACCUUUCGUGUGCGAGUUCUGCGGCAAAGGAUUCCACCAAAAAGCAGAAGCCAUGUUUCGCCUGUUGAGUCGCCCGGGCCGGCGGCGUCCCUUCUGCCCGGCGGGCCAGCGGCGAUACCAGCACCACCGCGCUGUCGUGGCCAUCCGGCGGGAGGACAUCAACCCUUGGGAGAGGCGGGCGCCCCUGGCCCCUCGCCACGUCCGGGAGCUCACGCAGGACGGCGUGAAAGUCCUGGUGCAGCCGUCCAACCGCAGGGCCAUCCACGAGAAGUUCUACGCCAAAGCGGGCGCCGUCAUCCAGGAGGACAUCUCGGAGGCGUCGCUCAUCAUCGGCGUCAAGCGGCCGCCCGAGGAGAAGGUGAUCCCCAAGAAGACGUACGCCUUCUUCUCGCACACCAUCAAGGCGCAGGAGGCCAACAUGGGGCUGCUGGACGACCUGCUCAAGAAGGAGGUUCGUCUGAUUGAUUACGAGAAGAUGGUGGACGCUAACGGCUAUCGUAUCGUGGCGUUCGGUCAGUGGGCCGGCGUCGCAGGCAUGAUCAACAUUUUACACGGUUUGGGUCUUCGCUUCCUGGCGCUGGGGCACCACACCCCUUUCAUGCACAUCGGGAUGGCGCACAACUACCGCAACGUCUCGCAGGCUAUCCAGGCCGUGCGCGAUUGCGGCUAUGAGAUCUCCAUGGGCCUCAUGCCCAAGUCCAUCGGUCCCGUCACCUUCUGCUUCACCGGAACCGGCAACGUCUCCAACGGAGCGCAGGACAUCAUCAACGAGCUUCCCGUGGAGUACGUCGAGCCUCACGAGCUGAAGGACGUUUGUGAAACCGGAGAUAUGACUAAAGUGUACGCCACCGUGCUGAGUCGUCACCACCACCUGAUGAGGAAGAGUGACGGCAUCUACGACCCCAUGGAGUACGAGAACCACCCAGAACUGUACACCUCAAACUUCAGAACCAGCGUGGCGCCGUACACCAACUGCCUGAUCAACGGCAUCUACUGGGACCCUCAGACCCCGAGACUCCUGCGCCGGCUGGACGCCCAGCAGCUGCUCAGACCCCCCAAGGGCAACAGCGCCACCAGCGAGGGCAUGCCGGAACUGCCGCACAAGCUGCUGGCCAUCUGCGACAUCUCGGCCGACGCGGGCGGAUCCAUCCAGUUCAUGAACGAGUGCACCACCAUCGACAAGCCUUUCUGCAUGUACGACGCCGACCAGCACAUCGACCACGACAGCGUGGAGGGCCACGGCAUCCUGAUGUGCUCCAUCGACAACCUUCCGGCCCAGCUGCCCAUCGAGGCCACCGAGUACUUCGGCGACCGCCUCUUUCCGUACAUCUGGGAGAUGCUGCCGUCGGACGCCGGCAGACCCCUGGACCGGGAGGACUUCAGCCCGCAAGUCCGAGACGCCGUGAUCACCUCCAACGGAGCCCUGACGCCAAAGUUUGAGUACAUCGAGAAGCUUCGAGAACAGCGGGAAAAAUCCCAGAUUCUGCAGAAAAGCCACAUGAAGAGAGUUCUGAUGCUCGGGACCGGCUACGUCUCCGGACCCGUCGUGGAAUACCUGACCCGCUGCGACAAGACCCAGGUCACCGUGGCGUCUGUGGACCUGAAGCAGGCCCAGGAUCUGUCGGCCAAAUACGCGAACACCAUACCCGUCGUGUUGGACGUCAGCAGCCAGGAGCCGCGCUUGGUCUCCCUCAUACGGGACCACGACCUCGUCGUCAGUCUGCUGCCGUUCGCUCUCCACCCCCUGGUGGCCAAACACUGCAUCAGCCAGAAGGUCAACAUGGUCACCGCCAGCUACUUAAGCCCCGCCAUGAGCGACUUGCACGCCAGGGCAGAGGAGGCCGGUGUGACCCUGGUCAACGAGAUGGGAUUGGAUCCCGGUAUUGAUCACAUGUUGGCAAUGGAAUGUAUUGAUCAGGCCAAAGCCGACGGAUGCGCCGUGGAAUUGUACGUGUCGUACUGCGGCGGACUUCCGGCUCCCGAGUGUUCGGACAAUCCUCUGCGCUACAAGUUCAGCUGGAGUCCUUCGGGCGUUCUGCUGGCCUCCAUCAACCCCGCCGUCUUCCUCCGGGACAAUCAGCUGGUGAGCAUUCCCGGAGGCGGCGGUCUGAUGGACGCCGUCACGCCCGUGGACUUCUUUCCGGGCUUCAACUUGGAAGGUUAUCCCAACCGCGACAGCACCAAGUACGCCAAACUGUACGACAUCCCGGACGCGCACACGCUGCUGAGAGGGACGCUGCGCUACAAGGGUUUCUCCAGGGCCGUGCGAGGUUUUGUGAAAUUGGGUCUGAUCAGCAGCCAAGCCCGCCUCCCGCCGGCCGACGCGUCGUCCGCCGUCACAUGGAGGGCGCUGGUGGGCCACGCGAUGGGUUUGCCCGCCUCCACUCCUCGCGAGGCCUUGGAGGCCGCCGUGUACGAGCGCGUCGAUGGGGACGACUGCAGCUUGGAUUCGCUCAGAUGGUUCGGCAUGCUGAACGACGACGUGGUCCCCCCCGCCGACAGCGUCCUGACGGCGCUCAGCAAGCACCUGGAGGCCAAACUCUCCUUCGGCAGCGGCGAGCGCGACAUGAUCGUGCUGCGUAGCGACUUCGGCCUUCGUCACCCGACGGGCGAGCUGGAGAGCAAACGCGUCAGUCUGGUGGCGUACGGCGAGGACGGGCGAUUCUCCGCCAUGGCCAAGGCCGUCGGCUACCCGGCCGCCAUCGCCGCCCGCAUGCUCCUCGACGGUGAGAUCAGCACCAAGGGCGUCGUGGUGCCCAUGAGCAAGGAGGUCUACGGACCCGCCUUGAAGCGCCUGAAGGACGAAGGCCUGAACAUCACCACCUCCAGCGCCCUGCUCGAGUCGUCUCGAUGAGGCCGUCGUCGUACGUACUGCCGUUCCGCUCUUGCGCCUUUGCGGCUCGCCGUCCUUCUCAGCCAGACCCGACAAGCUAAAGCCGAACCCGCCUCGAGUCUCGGGGACCCGAAACCGCAAGCCCGGCGAACUUUGGUUUGGGGCGGUUGGGGGCGGACGAAACAAAACAUUUGCCCGCGCCGCCAAUUUGCCGGAUUCACGUGAAAUUGGCCCGCACGCGAUCAUCCGCCGGCCUUUGACUUUGAUUGGAAGGCCCGGCGGGUUGCGGGCGUCGCUCCUCGGGAAAAUCAGGAACGUGAUCGGCGUUUUGUUUUCAAGACCACGCUCGACGCGGCAAAGAAAUCGGCGGCGUCUUUUCGUUCGUUUGUUUGUUUGUUUUUUUUUUUUUUUUUCCAAGUGAAUACGUCAAUUUUUAUCCAUUUGGGAAACUUCCGUAAGUUCAUGAUGAGGUCAAACAACCAACCGGCUGCUUCGUCAGUUGAAGGAAAAAAAAUUUAUGAAAUAUUACACGGAAUGCAGAUAUCGAGAUCGUUUUGUGCGUGAAAAAAGUAUUAUUUUUUUUUUUUUUUUGUCUUUAUUUGACUUUUGCAUGUUGUUUGCUUUCAUUUUAAAACUUUUUCUUCCUACGCCCCAAAUAGUUUUAAUUUUGUCAAUAAAAUCCUGAAAAUGUU